AUGCGGAAAUGCACAUGCGAAAAGCAGAAUGGGCCGAAUAGAUGCCAAUCAGCGACAUUGAGUGUGUGGGCACAGUAUCUAGCUGUCCAGGAGGAGAAUUUAAAGAAGGGACUCCUGUCGCAAGUCUCAUGGGCGGCCUUGGACGUAAAAUUGACGGUAGCUACGCUUAGUAUACCCGAGCCAAGGCCUCGAAUGUCGUUGCACUUGGACCAGCUGCAGAAGAACUACGGUGGGACUAGCUGGCUACCAUCCCAGAAUCAUAUGAUAUCAGCUGGUCAACGGCUUCUGGUUCGUGGUGGUACUUCUUCUUUGGGGAGAGCUGCGAUUAGUCUAGCUGUUCAAGCUGGAGUUUAUGUUACCGCAACAACCCGAACGGAGAAGCGUAUAUCCCAGCUCGAGGCUCUUCGGGUUUGGGAGGUAUUGAUAGAAGGACCACAGCUCUCCGAACGUAUUUCUGAUAAGUUUGAUGAUAUUCUAGAACUUAUUGGUAACAUCACUGUUGUUGAUUUACUUUGGAUGGCACGCAGAGGAGGACGGGUCUGUCUGGCUGGAUUCUUGGGUGGACUUGCGCCCAUUCUGGACUUUAAUCCUCUUCUGCAGAUGGCAAGCGGUGUCCACUUUAGCUUCUUCGGGAGCUUUGUCUUUGGAACCCCUGAGUUUCCUUUGUCGGAUGUUCCCCUUCCGAGAUAG